GUUCAAAAUAGCAAAACCGCGCUUGUGGUGGAACAUGGCGGCGUGUAGUGGCGGAGGGUCUCCCUGCUCCCGGGGGCGUGCGGACGGGGAGGAUGCGGGGCCCUCGGAUGAACUUCUGUGGGAAAGGGCGAAAGAUAAUGAGGAGUCGUUCGAAUGCCAGGAGCUGUUCGAGUGUCAGGCUGAGAUGGGGGCCCCGGAGGAAGAGAAGGAUGUGGGCUUGGUGGCGGAGGCUGAGGCGGUAGCUGGCGGCUGGAUGCUGGAUUUCCUCUGCCUCUCUCUCUGCCGAGCCUUCCGCGACGACCGCUCCGAGGACUUCCACCGAACGCGCGACAGCGCGGAGGCUAUUAUUCAUGGAUUAUCCAGUCUAACAGCUUAUCAAUUAAGAACUGUAUAUAUAUGUCAGUUUUUGACAAGAAUUGCCGCAGGAAAAGCUCUUGAUGCACAGUUUGAAACUGAUGAACGAAUCACACCCUUGGAAUCAGCCCUGAUGAUUUGGGAUUCAAUUGAAAAGGAACAUGACAAAUUUCAUGAAGAAAUACAGAAUUUAAUUAAAAUUCAGGCUAUAGCUGUUUGCAUGGAAAGUGGCAAUUUUAAGGAAGCAGAAGAAGUCUUUGAAAGAAUAUUUGAUGGCUCACAUACGUCUUUACAAAGGAAAUUGCUUAAGAUAAUCUCUCAGAAAGAUACGUUUCAUUCCUUUUUUCAACACUUCAGCUAUAACCACAUGAUGGAGAAAAUUAAGAGUUUUGUGAAUUAUGUGCUUAAUGAAAAAUCAUCAACAUUUUUAAUGAAGGCAGCAGCAAAAGUAGUGGAAAGUAAAAGAGCAAGAACAGUUCCUCAAGAGAAGCCUAAUGGUACUGAUACUGGCAUGACAACUCAAGCUGAUUUGGAUACAGACAAAAGUGUUAAUGACAAACCAUCUGCAGUAACUGAGUCCUCACGGGAUAUAGUAUCCUUAAUGAGGUCUCACAAGAAUCUCUUCUUAUCUAACUCACAACAUGGUUGCCACCCACAAGAAUCUAAUGAGGAAGAAGAAAGAGAAGAAACUCUUAAAAGUAGAAGAAAGACAGAGAGAAACAGACAAGCAACCAAAAGAAUGAGUGUUUUAAACAAUCAGCCAGAAACUUCUAAAAAUCAUCGCUCUAGGAAAAAACAGGCAUGGCUUUGGGAAGAAGACAAGAAUCUGAGAUCUGGAGUGAGGAAAUAUGGAGAAGGAAACUGGUCUAAAAUACUAUUACAUUAUAAAUUCAACAAUCGAACGAGUGUCAUGUUAAAAGACAGAUGGAGGACUAUGAAGAAGCUAAAAUUGAUUUGCUCAGACAGUGAUGACUGAAUAUGUAAAAGUCUGAUAAACGGACAGUUAAAUAUUUUGAUCAUCAUGUUUUGUUUGAAACUAGGUGGUCAAAGAUAUAUCUUAAAAUUUGUGUUUAAAGCAUUAUAGUAUUUUUCUGAGACAGUCAAUUAAUAUGAGGAUUUGUGUUAUGAGUAAUAUGCCAUCACUGUAUUCUUUAAGAGCCUUUUACUUGGUAAAAUGUAAAUAUGUCAACCCUGAUGUUUUUACUACCUUUAUCCCCAAAUCCUGUACCGAUUAAAAAAAAAAUGAAAACUUGGUGAAAGAAAAAAUAUUUCUGCUAAUCUAUUUUGUGUCUGUAUGCUGACUUCAACUCCAAAACAUCCAUAUAAAAGUGAAGUUACUAAAUCAGUGAAUAAUAAUAGGCCUUAGAUUCAUGGCCUUGAUAUUAGUAAUUACUAAGAUAUUUGUUUAUACAAUGGUUCAAAGUAAUAUUUGAGUUUUAACAUACUUAAACUUUACUGUCAGUAGUUUUAUGUAAAGGAAAAAGCUUUAAUAGUAAUACCCAUAGGGCAAAAUUUGUACUAUUAACAAGAUUUGCUUCAUGUAUAGUUUAGAUACAUUUGAUUUUUUUUGUUCCAGUGUUAAAACUUUGACAAAGAUGGUUUUAAAUAAGCUUAUUUAUAACCUGGUGCCAUAAUAUCAUUUUCUCUGAUAUUUUUAAUAUAUCAACGGUGUGCCUAAACAAUGUUCUGUAAAUGCUCCCAUUGAUAUUAACCAUGAUCAUUUUCACACCUCUGAUAAAUACUGAAUAAGUAAGGUCAUACAUACCUUACUAGAUAAUUUUGAGUUCUCACUAACAUAUAAUGCUUUAUAGAAUUAGUC